AUGACGAGUCCAGUUCCUAGUAUUCCUGGAGAAUUUGUCAGAGAUACGCUUGAUCUCAAAGAAAAAGUGGCUUCUCUCUUGAAAUUAAACAGUUACAAAUUUCCAGGAGCACAGCCCAUCAGUUUUGGUGCAAAGCAAUUGAGAGAAAUUGAAGAAGAAGAUUUCUUUGUCGCUGAGAAAUCAGAUGGUGUGCGCUGUCUUGCUUUGUUGACAGUUAAUCACAGACGAGAGCCAGAGAUCUAUCUAUUUGAUAGAAAGAGCAACUUCCAUGUUGUUCGCAACUUUAGAUUCCCAAUUCCUGGUGAUCCAAGUUUCCAGAAAUGUUUGAAGAAUACAAUCAUCGAUGGAGAGUUCGUUCUGGAUAAAGAGGAAGAUGGCACAACACAGUUGCGAUUUUUACUGUUUGAUUGCUUAUGCAUUGAGAGCAAUGUCUUGGUGUCUCGAGGAUUGAUGAGUCGAUUAGGGUAUCUCAAAAGUGAAAUCAUAAAGCCUCAUCAAGAAAUGAUCAGAAAGAACCCUCAACUACGAAAACAGUUACCGUUCUUAGUCGAAUUCAAAGAGCAGCAAUUCACCUAUCAUCUGGAUAUUGUAUUCAACGAAAUCAUACCCAAACUCAAGCAUGGCAACGAUGGUCUCAUUUUCACCUCUGUCAAUGCUCCUUAUGCCAUGGGAACAUGCAACAAAAUGCUGAAAUGGAAGCCGCUAAACGAGAAUUCAAUCGAUUUCAAAGUAGCGUUAUUUUUCCCGGGUGGAAGUUUGCCAGGCGUCAAAGACUACACAGCUACACCGAGAAUUGAUCUACUGGUAUGGCAAGGAGGAAAGGAUUACACAUUCUUUGCAGAGCUAGGCAUCACAGACCAAGAAUGGAAGGAGAAGUUUAGCAGCAGACCCAAAGAGAUGGAUGGCAAAAUCAUUGAAUGCAACUACGAUCCCGAGCUACAGCAACAAUUGAACCUCAAAUCACCAUGGAGAUUCAUGCGAUACAGAGACGACAAGCCUGAUGGCAACCACCAAAGCACUGUGGACAAUGUGCUGCGUAGUAUCAGAGACGCUGUAUCCAAAGAAGAGCUGAUUGAAUGCAUGCCUCGCAUCAAGGAAGCAUCGAAUCGACGCAAAGAAAACAUUGAUGAUAGACAGACCAAAAAGAGAAGACAUGAAUAA